AUGGAACGGGCGCAAUGUAAAAACAACUUUCUUAUUAAAUUCCAUUUGUUUAGGGUAAAAAUGGCCACCCAAAAGAUGAACUUUUUCGAAAAGAUGGCUAAUAUGCUAGGCCAUUUAUACCGUCAUCAGGCCGCCCAGUUCCCUCGUCGCUGGGAAAUCCUCAAGGCUGUUGGUAAACAUGAGCUUGCGCCACCUAGGACCUCAGAUUGGCCUGCUAUCAAGGCUGACUGGAAGAAGGUUACACAGUUCAUCCAGACAAAGCAGUACAAACAACUAACAGUUCGGGAGGCUCUGGUAUACACAGCUGUCGGAAUGGAGGUUAUUUUCUGGUUCUUUGUAGGUGAAAUGAUCGGACGUCGGUAUAUCCCUGGUUAUUUGGUGCCACCCGACUACGUUUCUAAAGAGACACGUAAGAAAGCUAAGGCGCUAGAAGCAGAGAAGAAGGAAAAGGCUCUUCACUGA